AUGCCUCAACGAGAAUUCGUCCCCAAGAAAUACGAGUUGUCGAAAGGUGGCAACGAUUCAACCCUUGCUCUUCGGUCAGUCGGCGGAAAACAAAGCUUCGAUUUCACCUUUGAAGCUGUCCGCCCAAACCUGUUCCGCGUGAGAUUUACUUCCCACGCUCAUCCACUGCCUCCAUAUCCCAGUGUCCCUGAGCCUACGAAAGAUGCUUCAUUAUCUUCUUCGUUCAGCACCACCGGUUCCUCCGCAACCACCGAAAUCGGCGGGGUGGCAGCUGCCGUAGAAUGGAAAAGCACACCCGUCGUCUCUCUGUCCUGGUCUGGAUCCAAGCAACCACUCCAUCGCGACUUGCCGGGUCGUUCUUAUGUCGCCGACUCAAGCGGCGUGUCUCACUACAGUAUCCUUGACAGGGAAGCUCUCCACGUCGGUCUAGGCGAAAAACCAGCUCCUAUGGACCUGACGAACCGAAACUUCAUCCUGUCUGCGUCCGACACAUUUGGUUAUGAUGUCUACCGCACCGAUCCUUUGUAUAAACACAUCCCGCUUCUGAUCAAAGCUACUAGCGAGGGCGUUGUUGCGAUUUUCUCUUCUUCCUAUUCUAGAGGCACAUGGAGCGUUGGCUCUGAACUCGAUGGUCUGUACGGAGCGUACAAGGUGUAUCGUCAGGACUAUGGCGGUUUGGAGGAGUACUUUAUCGUGGGGAAGACAUUGAAAGACGUCGUUCGCACAUAUGCGGAACUCGCCGGAUUCCCUCUGUUGCCCCCUCGAUGGGCAUACGGAUACAUCUCUGGUGGCUAUAAAUACACCAUGUUGCCCGAUCAGGCACUGCUCGACUUUGCAGCUAAGCUCAAACACCACGAUAUCCCCUGCUCGGCUCAUCAGAUGAGUUCGGGAUAUUCGUUUAGUGAUGGUAAUCCCAGUCUCCGAACUGUUUUCACCUGGCACCCUAAACGAUUCCCAGACCCGAAAAAGUGGACUUCUCAAAUGCAUGCUGCGGGGCUAAGGUUGUUGUCUAAUAUCAAGCCGUUUGUUCUCUCGUCGCAUCCGGACUUUGGAAAGCUGAAACAGGCCAAUGCUCUUUUCACUGAUCCUGACACAAACCUACCGGGGUAUAUGGAUGUAUGGAGUGCCGGUGGAGGUGAAGGUGCCGAGGGCUGCCAUAUCGAUUUCUCUUCGCAUGAUGGGUUCAAAUGGUGGUUUGAAGGAGUGCAGAAACUGGCCAAUGCAGGUAUUGAUGGAAUCUGGAACGAUAAUAACGAAUACACCCUUCCCAACGAUGACUGGAGGUUGAAAUUGGAUAAUAGAGAUGUCAAGAUUGGACAACGCGCAGAUGCUCCUAAUUUAGUCGGUCUCUGGGGACGGAAUAUGCAUACUGAGCUUAUGGGGAAAGCUUCUCAUGACGCUCUGGUUGAUUUGAGGCCGAAUAUGAGGCCGUUUGUUCUGACUAGAAGUGCAACUGCUGGAACGCUGAGGUAUGCUGCCAGCUCUUGGAGCGGUGACGACGUUACCAGCUGGGAGAAUCUAAAGGGUGCCAACGCAUUGUCGUUGAAUGCCGGCUUCUCACUCCUGCACUGUUAUGGACACGACAUUGGUGGUUUUGAGGGCCCCCAACCAUCCCCCGAACUGCUCCUCCGCUGGGUUCAAAUCGGCAUUUAUUCACCUCGCUUCGCAAUCAACUGCUUCAAAACCUCACCUGCCGACAACUUGCUCGGCGAUGUCAUCGAGCCAUGGAUGUACCCUGAAAUCACACCCUUGAUCCGAGACACCAUCAAACGCCGCUAUGAAAUUCUACCAUACAUUUACUCGCUUGCCCUCGAAAGCCAUCUAUAUGCCUCUCCACCCCAACGCUGGAUCGGAUGGGGCUAUGAAUCCGACCCUGAGGUAUGGGCAUCGAAAAAACUGAAAGAAGGAGAAGAGCAAUUCUGGUUCGGAGACAGUCUGCUCGUCGGCGGUGUCUAUGAACCGGGUGUGACGAGUGCAAAGGUUUAUCUGCCACGGAAAUCUGAUGGCAGGUUUGACUAUGGAUACGUCAACCUGAACGCGCCAUAUGAGUAUUUGGCAUCAGGGCAAUGGGUUGAUAUCAAAUCCGAAUGGCAAAAUAGCAUCCCGCUCCUCGCGCGCAUCGGCGGCGCAGUCCCGGUUGGCAAGAGCGUCGUCACACGCACGCCAGGCGAAGACAAAAUCGACGAUGCAGCAGGGGGUAUCAGCGAACUCGACGACCACCGCGGCAUCGAAAUCUUCCCUCCCAAGGGUAGUUCUCACGGUCACACUUUCUCGACUACUUGGCUCGAGGAUGAUGGCUAUACUCAGAACGCGGGUGUGUCUUCGUUUACGAUUAGAUAUUCCUCGACCGCCGAGAAGGUCACGGUGGGCUUUGAGCGGGAUGACGCAAACAAGUAUGUCCCUGCUUGGAAGGAUUUGGAUGUUGUUUUGCCGGUAGGGGAUCAGAGGCAUGUUGUUUUGUCUGAUUCGGGACAGCCGUUGAAGUUCGUUGGUGUUGAUACCAAGGGACGGAGGGUAUAUCGGUUGAGUAAUAUCUAG